UACAGGCUUUUGUCUUCAUCUCCACGUAGUGCUUAUUAUUCGCUAACAAAAUUUAUUUUUAUUUUGAGAAUAUGAGAUGGAUGGAAUUUUAUUAUACCAUAAUUCUUCUAUGGACACAUGCUGAAAGAACAUUUAGUGGUUGUGGAAACCGAAUGGAUAUGACCUUCUCCAGUCAGAUUGAAGCAUCACCGGGGGAGUUCCCUUGGCAGGUGUCGGUGGAAUAUAACAACAAUCCUUACUGCUCAGGAACCAUUAUAAGUGAAUUCUGGAUUGUGAGUUCAGCUAAGUGCUUUGCACAUAUAGGCAAUAAAUUGAAGAUCAUAGUUGGAGUAAUUAACCUUAAUGUGAAAGGAAAAAGUUACCCAGUGAAGAGUUUAGUGCUACACAAUGAAUAUGUUCCAGAUGAAAACGCACAUAACAUUGCUCUAUUGGAGAGCUCCAAUGAGAUCGAGUUUAAUGACUUGGUCCAACCAGUCUGUUUCCCUGAGGACCAUGUGCUACAACUUGAUCAAUUAAGUAAUUGCUGGAUUGCUACCUGGAAUAUGAAAUUUUUAGCAAUACCUUUGCCUGCAGAAGUUCUGGAGAAGUUGCCAGUGAUCCCUAAAGACGUCUGUACUGAUCACCAGAACACAGAACUACUGUGCGGGAAUUUUGGCGAUUUACCUGCAGGACAACGUAUUACAGUAGAUUCGGGAGACUCUCUCGUGUGUCAAUUUGGUUUGAAGAAGAUCUGGACUUUAAUUGGAUUAGUGAGCAAACCAGUUUAUAAAAGAGAUUCAACCAUUAAAUUUGUAAUAACAGCAUACUAUAUCACUUGGGUUAAACAAUACACAGCUGCGGCGGGAAAGCCAGUUAUUCCAGCAAUUGAUUCGGGUGACAGCCAAGGAACCGUGGCUAGUGAUGAGGUAACCAAUCAAACAGUUACCGUUGAGGAAAACCCUGACCUAACAAUGGAAGAACAGAAUGUAGCAGUCAUGCUGGAUUCUGUAACAUUUGUUGUAGCAUUUCCAACUUGCUACCUUGUGUUUUGCAUGAUCUUUGUAGACAAGUGAAAAGGCUUG